AAGAAGUUAGGGACAAGUUCUCAGCAACAAGACAACUCAAUGGCAGCAGCUAUUCAAAAAGAGCGAUCGUUUGCAUUUGAUAUCGACCAGAUUAUGGGCUACUAUAAUGGAGCAGGGGCUAGACAUGCGGCUCCAAUGGGACGCAAUUCACGCCACUUUUCUCCUACGCCUUACUUCAGUCCUGUCGCUAGUCAGCGUCAUUACAGCCAACAACCUCCCAUGAAAUCUCACCCGGGAUUGAUACAGGGCCACUCACCCUUACCACGUCGACCACGGCAGGGCAAGAACACGUCUCCAUCACCGAGUAUUAACAUUGCAACAUCCACACCGACCUCAACCUCAGUCACGACGCCUACGAGCGGUUAUUUCCCCAUCUUGCAGGAAAGCCCCGCGGCGACAAGCAUGCCAAUAUACAGUAACAGUAUUAACAGUAGCAGUAUUAGUGGUGUCAGUAGUGGAGGAAUUGGUAGCAACCUGAAUGCCCAUAUCGACCCAUUCGCUGCACCGGGUGCUGCGACCCUUACAAGUGCCAACUUGCAACACCCUCAACUACAACAAACUAAGCAAGAUCAACAUCCUCCGUCCUCCAUUGGUAGCGAUCAACUACCCAUCAGCUCAUACCAGAAUCCAUUUUCUUCGUCCUUCUGGAGCCUUCCUACCUCGAUGGAUAGAGAUGAAUGGAUGCUUUAUAUGCAAAACAACGGAAGCAAUCCAGGAAGUAUGAUAGACUCUGGUGUGGAGGUACAAAACAAACUCACCAACACCAACCAUGACAACAAAGGCAACAGCGGUAAUAACAGUAGCAACAACAAUAGCAAUAACAACAGUAGCACCAACUUGAACAAUGCUCUUAGUAGUGAAAUCAAAAUUGAAGGCGCAAGGUUCGGUUCACCAAGAGAGUUUAAUCCUGAAUUGUUGGAUCAGAAUAACAUUAACAACACGACGGUCAGCAACUCUGGCAACAACGGGAUGUAUUCGUUGGCACAAAAUAUGAUGCAGAGUGAGCUCUCAGGUGCUGACCAAAAUGGACUCUAUAUCAGAACGUCAAAUGUAAGCGCUCCUACUAGCGUGGCAUCUAUACCCACAUCAUCUAUGGCUUCAGAUGGAUAUUUAAUGCAACGACAAUCCCAAACAUCACAGCAUAUUCUUGCACACCAACCGCAGUUGACCACCCAGCAGCCAUCCGAGUAUUUUUAAAAUAGAAGACUUUAGUUGCCUGUUUGUCUUUUUUAUUUAUUUUAUUUUAUUUUAUUUUUAGCAUGUACAUAGUUUUCUUUUCCAUUUUGUUCUUGUGAACUUGAUUCUAACGAACUACUGAUAGAUUAUCAUG